GAACGAUAAGCAACCCGGUAGAGGGGAUUUGUUAAUUGCAACAUUCCCAAGGGUCCCGGUCCCAGAUAAUCUUAGGGUGUUCCUCGGUGCGGAGAGAAAGAGAGAGAAAGACAGGCAAAGUUUGGAUACACUGAAGCUGCGUACUCAGAUAAACUAGUCAGAGACCCUGUGAGGAACAGGUGCCGCACCACUCAUCGAGAAGAAGAGGGUAAAGAUGAAGCAGUACGUGGUCACCAGGCCACUCUACUCAGAGGACGCCUUCGCAGACGUACAUGAGAAGAUCCACAGGCACCAUAAGACCGUGCGGCACCAUGUCAAGCAGUAUUUCACUUGUGACCUCAAGCGUGCUAAGAACGCAGCGCUCUCUCUGCUGCCUUUCAUUGGUUGGAUGAGAAUCUACCAGCUGAAGGAAUGGUUGCUGAGUGAUAUUGUAUCUGGGGUCAGCACUGGACUGGUAGCUGUUCUACAAGGUCUGGCAUACUCCCUGCUGGCCUCCCUCCCUCCAUGGUACGGACUCUUCACUGCCUUCUUCCCAGUGAUCGUCUACUUCUUCCUUGGCACUUCCAGACAUAUCUCAGUAGGGGCGUUCCCUGUUCUGAGCCUCAUGGUGGGUGCAGUGGUGACGAGGCUUGUGCCUGACGAAGGCCCCCCAGUCAACAUCACUGGGUUUGAGGGGCUGACCAGCGAUGAGCAGAGAGUAAUGGUGGCCGCCUCUGUCACCUUCCUCAUGGGGAUAAUGCAGCUGGCCAUGGGUCUGCUGCAGGUAGGCUUCAUCGUCAUGUACUUGUCAGACACGCUGGUGUCUGGGUUCACCACCGCGGCUGCUGUCCACAUCCUGGUGUCCCAGCUGAAGUUUGUGUUGGGCCUGGUGGUGCCGGGACUCAGUGGACCGCUGUCGAUCGUUUAUACCCUGGAGAAGAUCUUUGUCCAGAUUGAGAAGACCAACGUGUGUGACCUGGUGACGUCCAUAUUGAUCAUGGUGGUGGUGUUCAUAGUGAAGGAAAUCAACGAUAGAUACAAAGCCAAGCUGCCUGUUCCAAUCCCUAUAGAGGUUAUCAUGACUGUCAUCGCUUGUGGCGUUUCCUAUGCAUUCAACUUCCGAGUGAAAUAUAAAGUUGAUGUUGUCGGCCGUAUUCCAGUGGGGUAUGAGUCCCCUAUGGGCCCGAACAUGCAGAUCUUCGGGCAGACUGCUGUUGAGGCGUUCCCUAUGGCCAUAGUGGGCUUUGCUGUAGCCUUCUCUGUCGCCAAGGUCUACUCUGUCAAACACGAUUACAUCAUAGACGGAAAUCAGGAGCUGAUAGCUUUUGGGGCCAGUAACAUCAUUGGAGCAGCCUUUAAGUCGUUUGCAGCAAGUACAGCUCUCUCCAGGAGUGCGGUACAGGAGAGUACAGGUGGCAAAACCCAGAUUGCUGGGCUACUGUCAGCGCUCAUCGUGAUGGUCGUCACCUUGGCUAUCGCAUUCUUAUUGGAGCCACUCCCAAAGUCGGUGCUGGGGGCAGUGGUCAUAGUCAACCUGAAGGGGAUGUUGAUGCAGAUCAGAGAAGUCCCUUACCUGUGGAGGAGAGACCGGCCGACUGUGGUGUGGCUGGUGACCUGCCUGGCUUCCAUCCUGUUGGGGCUGGAUCUGGGGCUGGCUGUAGGUCUAGGGAUCGAGCUGCUCACCGUUGUCUUCAGGGCUCAGUUCCCACGUUGCAGUGUCCUGGCCAAUAUCACAGGAACAGAUAUCUACAAAGACCGCAAGGAUUACAUGAAUAUCUAUGAACCAGAGGGUGUGAAGAUCUUCAGGAUACCGUCACCCAUCUUCUUUGCCAAUAUAGAUUUUUUCCGAGGCAAGCUGGUGGAAGCUGUGGGCUUUAACCCUUUGAGGGUGUUGAGGAAGAGAAACAAAGCCCUGAGGACGAUCAGGAAACUUCUAAAGAAAGGAGAGCUGCAGAUGACAUCUAAAGGCCUACUGCUCACCAGCUCUGGUCCCAUUGAGGAGUCUGAGGAUGAGAGCAACAUGGAGGAUCUGGACCAGCCCACUGACUUCAAGGACCUUCCUGUCCAGGUGAACUGGAACUCUGAGCUUCCUGCCAACAUCCGUGUCCCCAGAGUAGACGUCCACAGCCUGAUCCUGGACUUCUCAGCCGUCUCCUUCCUCGACAUCUCUGCCCUCAAGGGACUCAAAGCGGCACUCAAAGAGCUCAUUCGGGUUGAAGUUGAGGUCUACAUUGUGGCAUGCGACUCGUACAUCCUGAAGAAACUGCACAGCUGUAAGUUCUUUGACGACGAGGUGAAGUCGUCCAUGUUUUUCCUGACUCUCCACGAUGCCAUGCUGCAUAUCCUGGAGAAACAUCCAGUAGACUCUGAAAACACAAAAGUCUGUGAAAAGGUUAUAACAACAGCCACUAUCCAUGACAACCAAUUCAAUGGUGUGUCAAGUUUGCGUAGCAGGGACAGAUUUGUACAUGUCUCAGAGUCAGAAACCAAGUUCUAGUUCCAGAACUACACUCUCAGAUGUCAGUAUUUUAAGGGUUCUUCAAUUGUCCCUUUCCACAGAUGGGUCUACAUGGAACCCAAAAGAGGUCUACCUGGAACCAAAAAGGGUUAUAUUUGGAACAAAAAAGGGUUCUCCUAUGGGGAUAGCUGAAGAACCCUUUUGGAACAUUUUUUCUAAGAGUGUAGUGAUGUGUACAGUACUUUCAUUUCCUGGGAUGGCAUGCAUUUCCUGUGAUCGCUGUGCUUUCUGGUGAUAAUUGACAUAAGACACAUGACGCUGUCCUAAAAUGGACACCAUACAGUAACCAUAUGUACACAGGACACCCCUUAUUGAGCUAAUAAUUGUACAUAAAAUAUAUUAGCAUUUUUUUUGUACUGUUAAACAGAUACUCAAUGGCAAGUGUUAUGAGAUUUUGAAAGAAAUAUCAGAAAACGUCAUUCAUUUAUUUAUUUUUAAAUAGCUCGACCAUGUUGCAUUUUAUAUGUGUGCAUAGGGAUUUUAUAGGAAUGUUAACUUUGAUGUAUUUUAUGUGUAAAAUUAGAAAUUGACUUCUUAGCACAAAGUAUUUCCGCCAGCAAGAAAUGAAGCAAUAUUAGCAGUAGGGUAUUUGGAAAUGUGAACGUCCUGUAACAGAUAUUGAAUAAGAGUCAUUGUCACGUUCAUCAUCACGAGGAGACCAAGGCGCAGCAUGAUAAGAAUACAUUCUUCUUUUAAUAAACAAAGAACACUAAACAAACUAACAAAAUAACAAAACGAACGUGAAGCUAUAACAACGACUGCUGACACAGGCAACUAUACAUAGACAAUAACCCACGAAAUACCCAAGGAAUAUGGCUACCUAAAUAUGGUCCCCAAUCAGAGACAACGAUAAACAGCUGCCUCGGAUUGGGAACCAAUCUAGGCAACCAUAGACAUAAACACCUGGAUAUACAACAACCCCUAGACAUACAAAAAACCCUAGACACUACAAAAACUACACAUUCCACCCUCGUCACACCCUGACCUAACCAAAAUAAUAAAGAAAACAAAGAUAACUAAGGUCAUCCCCCCCCCCCCAAAGGUGCGGACUCCCAGCCGCAAACCUAAACCUAUAUGGGAGGGUCUGGGUGGGCAUCUAACCUCUGUGGCGGCUCUGGUUCUGGACGCCGCCCCCCUUCUUUACAUUGAGUCCUCGCCGUAGGCCCCGGGCUGGGGACCCUCGCUGUGUUGACCAUGGCCGGAUGUUCUGGGCUGGGGACCGUCGCUGGAGACCCCGGACAGGGGACCAUCGCUGGAGGCCCCAGACUGUGGCCCGUCGUUGGAGGUUCCGGACUGUAGCCACUCGUUGGAGGUUCCGGACUGUGGCCCGUCGUUGGAGGUCCCGGACUGUGGCCUGUCGUUGGAGGUUCCGGACUGUGGCCACUCGUUGGAGGUUCCGGACUGUGGCCACUCGUUGGAGAUUCCUGACUGUGGCCACUCGUUGGAGGUUCCGGACUGUGGCCACUCGUUGGAGGUUCCGGACUGUGGCCACUCGUUGGAGGUUCUGGACUGUGGCCCGUCGCCGGACGCUCUGGGCUGGGUACUGUCGCUGGACGCUCUGGACUGCUGAGGCGCACUGUAGGCCUGGUGCGUGGUGCCGGCACUGGUGGUACGCACCUCAGGGCGAGUGAGGGGAGUAGGAACAGGGCGUACUGGACUGCCGAGGCGCACUGUAGGCCUGGUGCGUGGUUCUGGCACUGGUGGUACCGGGCUGGGGACACGCACCUCAGGGCGAGUACGAGGAGCAGGAACAGGGCGUACUGGACACUGGAGGCGCACUGGAGGCCCGGUGCGUGGUGCCGGCACUGGUGGUACCGGGCUGGUGACACACCUCAGGGCGAGUGUGGAGAGUUGGCACAGGACGCACUGGGUCUUGAAGGUACACUGGAGACCUGGUGUGUAUAGCCGGCAUCAAUUGUUCCGGAACUUUAACACACGUUUCAGGACAAGUACGGAGAGCUGACUCAGGUGGCACCAAACUGACAACACGUUCUUUUAUUCCAAAUCCGUGCGUCCUCCACCAACUCAACAUCUCCCCCAUUUCUCUCUCCUCCGAAUCCUCCUUCUCCCAGACUGGGGCUGGUUUACUCCUCGGCUCCGCCGACAUGUCCUUGUGUCGUCCCCCCCCCCCCC